AUGACCCUCAAGCCGGUGAACUUCCUCAUCCACGCAGAGGAAAACGGCUCUCCCCGAGCUGAGCUGCGGUCACUCCCGCCCCCAUCGGGGCUCGGCGAGGGCGGAGGGAACCGAGCCAGUGACGUGCCUGCGCGGCUCCGGACGCGCCGCAUAAAUAGCGCCCCCGCGGCGGCUCCCGGCGCAGACACGUCGAGGGAUCCCGGCAGCCGUGCGCUUCCCGCCUCCGUGUCCCCGAGGCCGCGCCAUGCGGUGAGCGCUCCCGCCCGGCCCGACCCGACCCGACCGGACGCCCGGACCCGCCGACACCCCGGGACCCGCCGACACCCCGCCCGGUCUCUGACCGCCCCGGGCCCACCGCCGCUCAAGAUGCCCCGAGGCGGCGCCCUCCUGCUGGUCUCCCUGCUCCUCGCCGGGACCCUUCCAGCCACCCUGGGGCUCGGGUCGCCGGUGAAAGAAAAGAGGGGCUGGACUCUGAACAGCGCCGGCUACCUUCUCGGUGCACAUGCCGUUGACAACCACAGGUCAUUCCAUGAAAAGCCAAGCGCCGCUGGCAAGCGGGAGCUACCAGCUGAAGACGAAGCGAGGCCAGGAAGCUUCAACAGGCCGCUGCUCGACCAGGAUGAGAAGGCCGUUGUGCGCACGAUAAUCGAGUUUCUGACUUUCUUGCAUCUCAAAGAAGCCGGGGUCCUGGGGCCUGUGCUCCCCUCAGCCAUUUCCUCAGAAGACACAGAGCAGUCCUGAGGAGCCCCGGGGAGGUUCCUCACGGCAUGUGGAGACUUGAAGAUGAUGGGUCAUCUUAUGCCAAUUUACGUGGCGUGAACCAUUCCUGUCCUCACUGCUUUGAUGCUGUGCUCUUAUCAUUUAAGAUGUUUUCCCUUUGGUAAUUAUUUUGAGUGGCAAAAUAA